UAGUUGUGAUAAUGUCGACGUUGAGUGCCUUCGGCAAACUCCCAACACUUCAUUCUGCGACCAUUUUGUUGGUGGGAACAAAUGAUGUUUUUCAGCAGCAACUAGCAGAAACUAUACUUAAGGAAAAACAAGAUUUGAAAAUAAAUAUCCAUUUGACAGCCUCUCUUCCUUUACCUGUGGAGAGAAACCACAUCCGACCAAGGAUUGAUUUGAUUGUCUUUAUGAUUAAUGUUCAAAGCAAAUACAGUUUUGAAGAUAUAGAAGCUUCCCUUACACAUGUAGAUGCAAACUUUUUCCUUGGAAAAGUGUGCCUUCUGGUUACUGGUGAUACUGUAGUUGUGAAGAAUUGCUUUUGCCCUACUCAGUAUCAAGGUGAAAUCUUCCUGUGGCUUUUCCAGAAGAGGUGUGAAAAAGUCAGAACUGUCACAGCUCAGAGACUUCUCCGGAUGUUACAAAUAUGCGCUGGUCAUGUAUCAGGGAUGUCUUCCCUUUCUUUCAGUUCUUUAAUGAAAUGCUCCAUUGAGGACUCAAGUUAUUUGGCAUAAACCAUCAUUGUAUUUUCCAGUAUUAUUAUCUAUGAUUUCUGAGUGGACUGAACAUAAAUAUCACUGUCAGAAAUAAAUCUUACCUACUAUUUUUUCAUAUGGGAUAGACUUUCCAUAUGGUAAAAUAGACUUCAGAUGUCUUAAAGGAGCCAAAUUAGCCUGGACUUGUCAGGAAUUAUGAUACCUCCUCCUCAAAGCCUAAUUCUCAAGUAUACAGCAGUCAAUCAAAAUAGUUGGCAUAUAAACACAGGUAUAAUACAUGAAAACUAUGGUGUUUCCAGAGUGAAUUUCUAGAACAAGUUUCUUAAUGCCAUUUGCAUACAGAUAAAUAUCUCCAGUGUCUUCAGGAUCUUCAUGAAGAAAAGUGUUUCUCACAGAUCUGUAUAUCAAGCAAAAUGGAAGCCCUGCAAGUUGCAGCACAUAGAACAUGUAUUAUUCUGAGAAGAACCUCAGUGACAGGCUGGGCAAAAAAAAAGCAGAUUUUUGAUUAAUUAUUAUAGAGCAACUGGCCUUUUGGAUAACUAGAGAUGCGUAUCCAAUGCAACUAAACUAUAUUUCUACUCACAAUAACAAAAGGGUUUCCCAAAAUUGGAAGAUUUAGCAUCAAGAUAAACUUUCUUUGAAAAGGGCUGCAAAUAGGAUGUCUUCUUUAAGCCUUUUUUUUGUAUGGAAAGCAAGUAUUUUUUCAGAAGAGUAGCU